AUGGUGCUGCGGUAUAUCAACACAUCCAAGGGGAAUGUUAACGAAUCAGGGCAGAUCAAAAAUCCGGAAGAUAUUAGGGGGAUGUUGACUGAGUUGAAGUGGCCAUUUCGAGCAUCUGCAUUCAGGGAAAUCUCAAUUCAACUGACAGCUCUUGGGGACUCAGAAGCAAAUGAGCGCGAUCAUUUGGCUGCCAAGUUCGUCCUGAUGCCUCACCUGAUGAUGUGGAUGGAUCAAAAUUACUCCAAUCCCAGCCGCAUAGUUUGGAAUAUGUCAGGAGUGCAGGAGUGGCUGAAGGCGGUCGAGACUUGCCUGGGCAAUCUCUUUGCCCUGAUGCACUACAAAUCAGGGCAUUAUGGGCCAUCUGUCCGCAUGGAGGCCGGUAUGGAAGUUAUAGAUGCAGGUGCUGUCUCCGUGGACCCUGCAAGAUAUGCAGAACUCCGCGCAAUCAUGGGUUCCCAGGCUUCAUUACGAUCCAAAGAGCAAGCAGCUGCGAGAUGGGAGGAGGAAACCAAUGCAGAGGAAAUCCGGCAGGGGCUGAUGACAAUUGUAGUCAUUCCCCUUCAAGCACUUUUACAAGACAUGAGCCGCGGGUUGGAUGAGAAGAACAUCAAAUAUAUUCAGUGGACUGCAGGCACUUCUGAAGUUCGACAUAACACCCACUGCAUCUUGGUCUCUGCAGACACUGCAGCAAGCCCAUCUUUCUUAACUUUCCUGGCCAAGAUAUUCCUUGCCAAGCAGUUGGCGCGCAUUGUCCUUGAUGAGGUGCAAGCUAUCCUAACGUCAGAACACUUCGGGAGCUUGCAGUGCAGCUUCUUUUGUUCGACAGCCCAGUUGCUGCAGAUCCUACCAGCUACUACUAAGCUGAUUCACGCACCCACCACACAUCCCAAUAUUGUCUAUUCUCGCUUUAAGAUCGAUUCUCAAGACACAAAUAGGCUCACCUUCACAGAUGGGGAUGGCAGAAUCUCUGGGUGGGAGGUCGUAUACUUGUCUAUUGCCUCACAUGAUGCUGAAUUGCUUGCGGGGCGAUUGGGUUGUGGUUUCUAUCACACCAAACUUGACGAAGCAUGCCAAAAACUUGUUUACAAUCAAUGGACAAGUGGCCAAGGUUCCUGUAUCCUGACCACCACCAGCUGUCUUGGCGCUGGCAUGGACAACCCCUCAGUGCGUAUGGUGGUGCAUUGGAAAUCACCUCACAACCUGCUAGACAAAGAACAAGAGUCUGGGAGAGCAAGACGAGAUGGGGAGGAGGCGCACUCAGUUGUAUUUUGGGAUCCCAGUGACAAGGGGUGGAGAUCAGCGCUAGGCCCAAGUGUCUUGGCGUGGAAGAGCAAAAGCAAUGGGCGCUUAAGGACCAGUAUCUUAGGAUUAUCCCUGGUGCCUUUAUGGAUGGCUGCAGUGAUACCUGCUUCCAACUUGGAACUGUUAAGCUAUGUGAUUGGUGUAGAGCUGGUGUACCCAAGCAGGUCAGUCCUUCAGAACAUUUAA